AUGAUCGAAACACAUGACAAAAUGCCAUUUACAUGGACCUUUAUUCUAAGGUUGAUGAUGACAUUCUUCGAUUCAUCUGAUGAAGGAGCAACUCUUUGGUCAUCACCUUUGGUAAACGGAAUUGAUACAUACAAUGAUUCAACUGUUAAUAUCAGUUGGCAAUAUAUGGAUUAUGACAGUGAACCAUUUCGGUAUUUUACCAGUCCUGUUAUUAAUGGUACAGAUCGUUUCAAUUUCACGUCGUUAUUCAUCAUUGAUAAUUAUUUGUUCAAAACUAAUGAUUACUAUCUUCUCUUAAUGGAUUAUUACACGACAUUUAUUGAUAAAAAUAAUGAAACAGCAGAAUUUGGGGGAACUGAUGUACAAGACCAGUUGUUUAAAAUGUCAACAACAACAACAAUCACUCGAAUGUAG